GUGCAACAAUAUCUGAAGUUGCGCACCGAGUCCUUGCAUUUAGCCAUCUCAUUGGUUGACCACUACUGCUGGCGGCAACGUCGAUGUCAGCCCUCGAAGUACCAGCUGGUGGGUAUCACGGCUCUCUUCAUCGCCGUUAAGUUUAUCGAGCGGUUCCCGCCCUCCACAGAAACGCUCUGUUACCUCACCGAGCAUUCUUUCAAGCAGAAGGAAGUAAGUGCUGUACAUUUGGUGUUUUCGAGAGGUUUAACUGGGUCUAGUCAAGAGGUGGAAUUGGCCCGAUUGGUUCAAAUGCAUCGUGAAUCACGAACCUCAGUCGACGCAUCUACCGGCAGGCGGGAUAUAGGAUAUGACCGUAAUAACCGCGAAAUCUGUAUAUUGUGCAUCUGGUACAGAUUACUUCGGAAGCACCGGAGACAACAUAUGCCAAUGAUGUCGGCCUUUGAUUGUGUUCGCUUUCAGAGAAAUAGACGAACAUUUAUUGGGACGAAUUUAUAUACAUCCAUUCGAUGA